GUUCAUGGGAUUUAUGAUGACUUCCUGUCAGCUGAAGUUCUUAGGUCACAAGUGUCAGACAAAGGUGUUUUACAAGUAUUAUUUGAUUUAAAAUAUGCUUCUGAUAUCCUGUCUGGGGGCGAUUUCCAUGCAAAUAAGGAGGCAUCUGAAAUCACAAGCAAAACAGAGUCACAAAAUUCAUUAAUAGGACAACGCACUAAGGAGUUAGUGAAUCGCCUUUCACAAAGGCUGGAUCCCAUAGAUUGGCUGACGUAUGAGCCAUAUCUUUGGAAGAACGAGAGACAGGCGUACCUUAGACAUGGUGUCCUCUUUGGUUUCUUUGUGCAACUUAAUAGAAUACAUACAGACUCUGUACAGAAGCUCCCCACUAACUCCGGAUCAAACAUCAUGCGUUGUUCUAUAGUGCCUCGAUUCAAGUACCUUCCCAUCAGUGUUCCAGCAUUAUCCAUGAGGAAUGCGGCCAGAACCUCUAUGUCGACAUCCGCGGAUGAUGCUUACUUGAGGAAUUCAUGGAAAAGUUACAAAAAUGACGAGAUGUCUCGAAGUUCUGAUGUUGAGGAUGACUCUAGUUUAGGGGUGGCUGCACAAUACGGCAGCUGGACUCCUUUCAUCCUUAACUGCCACCAGAUCAGAUUAUUAACUGGCCCAUCAGAAACAGUUCACUGGAUUACGCAGAGUAGCAGAUUUUCG